AUGUAAAGAAAAACAGCUUUAGAAGAGAUAGCAGAAAAAGAAUCAUCAUUCGGAAAAGUAUAUAAAGUAGCCGGUCCUUUAGUCGUAGCAGAACAAAUGACAGGUGCAAAGAUGUACGAAUUAGUUAAAGUAGGUUGGAACAAGUUAGUAGGAGAAAUUAUUAAAUUAGAUGGAGAUACAGCUUCAAUAUAAUGCUAUGAAGAUACUUAUGGAUUAACAGUAGGAGAUCCAGUUAUGAGAACAAAAGAACCCUUAUCAGUUGAAUUAGGUCCAGGAAUAUUAACUGAGAUAUUUGAUGGGAUUCAAAGACCUUUAUAAGUAAUAGCAGAUGUAUCUUAAAGUGUAUUUAUCCCAAGAGGAGCUGAUGUACCAGCUUUAGAUAGUAAGAAGCUUUGGCAUUUUGUUCCAAAUAAUUAGGUAAGGGUUGGUUCUAAAAUAACUGGAGGAGAUAUUUAUGGAACUUGCCAUGAAAAUAAUCUGUUUACAGAACAUAGAAUUAUGGUUCCUCCAGGAAACAAAGGUACAGUAUCUUUUAUUGCACCAGAAGGUGAUUAUAAUAUUCAUGAAAUAAUUUUAGAAACCGAAUAUGAUGGUAAAAAAUCAAAAUUCUGCAUGUCUCAUUUUUGGCCUGUAAGAAAGCCUAGACCUGUUCAAGAAAAAUUAGCAGGAAAUACUCCUCUUUUGACGGGAUAAAGAGUUUUGGACAGUCUUUUCCCUUCUGUUUUGGGAGGUACAUGUGCCAUUCCCGGAGCUUUUGGUUGCGGAAAAACAAUGUAUUUCUUAAGCCUUGUCUAAAUAUUCGAAUUCAGAAGUCAUUAUUUAUGUAGGAUGUGGAGAAAGAGGUAAUGA